GCACCUGUUGAGAUGCCUGAAGGUACCUGGGCUAUCAGAUCUCUCUCAGAAAGCCAACAGAAGCUGUUGGAUUCACAGCUUCUCUCUUUUUUUGAAAUUGUGCUGUGUUGCAUUAUGUGGCCUCUAGUCUUCUGCAUGCUGACAGUUGGUGGUGUCCCUAUUAGUCUAACCCCGGAGGCUACCAGUCACACCCCAGAUCAUGUUUCUGUCACUUCCGUGCUUAAUGUGUCACAGCCAGCCACUACAGAAGCUUUAAAAGUCUCCUUAAAAGCCACCCAGAAUGUGGUUAGUCCUGCCCCAGAUUUCUGCAGGUAGGGUUACUUUAAUGCUCGAUCCGCCACAGCAAGCCAAUGCAGAAACCUUGCAAGAGCUUCAAGACGACACGAAUGUCCAAGAGGGAGACAUUUUGAUUCCGGAGAACAGGAAUGCUGUGGAGAACCUGUGGGCAGACGCCAUUGUACCGUACACCAUUAGUUAUGAUCUGGCUUAUCGAGAGGAAAACAUCUACGCUGCCUUUCAGAUGAUAACAAAUUUCACGUGCAUUCGCUUCCAACAACGCACCACAGAGUAUAACUACCUGACGUUCGUGAGUGGCAACGGCUGUUCAUCCUUUGUUGGUUGUCAAGGAGGACCCCAGCCGGUGUAUUUAUCCCGAGCAUGUAGUGUGGGCAAUCUUUGCCAUGAGAUCAUUCAUGCUCUGGGACUGCAUCAUGAACACACCCGCAACGACCGGGAUGAAUACAUCAGUGUGCAGUGGCAGAGUAUCAUCCCAGGGAGACAAAAUAACUUCAUGGUGAAACCUGGGAACACUCUGAACCUGCCAUAUGACAUCAAUUCCAUAAUGCACUAUGGAAAGUAUUUUUUCAGUCUAGACGGACGUCCGACUAUGUUGCCCAAACAGAGCGGAGGGCAGAUGGGCCAGCGAAUGCGUCUCAGCCAACUGGAUAUACAUAAACUGAACAGACUCUACUACUGUGAAUAGCGGAUGAAAUGGCUGAGCGGGCUCGCUGUUUCUCAUUUGCCAUGAGAUUUAAUAAAAUUAUACAAAUUA